GUCGUCGUCGUCCGACCCUCCCUCCUCCUCCUCGUCGCCGUCCUCAACUAUGUCCCUCCCAACAACACCCACGUCGAGCAACCCUCUCUCGCCCUCGGGAGGCGCGUCCGGUCGGCAGUUAACCGACACCUCAACGGACACGACCACCCCCACCAGCUCGUCCUCUUCAUCGGAUACAACGGCGAGCACGACUGAUUCUACAACCUCUACCGAUACUACUUCCACAACCACUACCACUACGGCAACCACUACUUCUACCACUUCCACCCCUACAAGCUCAUCCACCACCUCUACGAGCGACAGUAGCACUACCUCAACAACUUCUGGCAGCACCACCUCCUCUUCCGGGUCCUCGAGCGGCACGUCCAGCAGCACAGGCAGCACCGGUAACAAUCUCUUCGUCACGCCCACCCCAAGCUUCAGUUCCAUCCCCACAGGCGCAACCGUCUCGGGGGGAAGCAGCUACUGGCAGACCUACACGCUCGUAACCACCGAGAUAAAUGGGCAGAGUACGACUAUCCCCAUCCCGACAACGCUCAACAUCGGCCCCGCCGAGCCCGCACACAACCCCAUGUCCUCCCCCGGCGCUAUCGUCGGCGUCGUCAUCGGUGCCCUAGCAGGGCUAGCCAUCCUCCUCUUCAUCUUCUGGCGUAUCCGGCGGCGUGCCUCCGCGCUCGCCUCGCUGCCUUAUACCAGGCGCAGGCGGGACAUGCAGCUCGAAGGAGAGAUGUACGACACGGAUGAGGAGGAGAUGACCCAGCAGAACCUUGGUCCAGGGGUGGGGAGGACAACUCCAGGACCCUACGAGUACGGCGUGGUCGGAGGACUGGCGCCACCGAGUCACGAGGCGACGCUGAAUAGCGCUGUGAGCCACUCGCCUUCGGGGAGCAUGAGCACGGGGAGUUAUAUGGCUGCUGCGACCCCUCUGGUGCCGGCGUCGCCCUACACUCAACAGGCGCAUAUCCCCCCUCCUGCCGGUCCGGGGACAGCGUAUCCCUAUCCGCCAGUUCCUGCCCAAGCGGCAGCGAGGAGGGAAGCGAGCUCGUCAGGUAGUAUCUUUAGGGAAGAAGGCGUCUGGCCACCUCCGCAAGGUUCGGUGCAUAGUGCCCCGCACACACCGACACAGGGACACGCAAACAUCCCCCCCUCACCUCUCACGGCAACGCCAGCCCUAGGCGUCCCCCCAGCAGCUGCUGCCAGACAAGGCCACAUACGGGGCGCCUCCGGAAGUCUGGGGAGCAGGGUGGACACUGAGGCUUCCGGGGAACGAGAGAGUCUGAUAGGGGGAGGAGGGGGGUAUACGAGGUAUUCUGAUGACCCCGCGGCGGGAGGGGCAAGCUCUGGAGUCGUACAGGAACCGUGGGGCCCGAGUGGGAACUGGGGACGGCAGACCGAAGCUGCUCUUGCUGGCUUGGCAGGGGCUGCUGGGCUCGGGGGCGUCGCCGCUGCCGGGGCUGCCGGGACGGGGCAGAUGACACCAAAGCAGCGCGAACGAGCUUCUAUCCUAGCCCAGCAAGCUGAGGACCGCCGUCGGUCUGUAGCCUUUAGCGUGCGCUCCCCUCUCUCCCCUACGUCAGGCACGGACGCCUAUGUCUCCCCUACGUCCGCAUAUCCUGCUACUGUGAUCAGCGGCACGGGGCACUACCGUUCCCUUUCAGAUCCGCAGCCUGAGAGCCCGACCAUCGUACAGCAUCUUGAUGGGGGCCGGGCGCCUACCGGUGAAGGGAGCGGGCAGCCAGCGGGAGGGGUAGUGGAGCUGCCCCCGAGGUAUGACCAGAUUGAGGGAGCGGCGGGGAGCAGGAGUAGGGUGAGGAUGUUAAGGGAGAAGAGGUAGUUGUUGGCCUUUGUGGAGGUUGAGAGGGGUGGACUGAUUUGAUUUGCUGCAUUACUCGAUCAGCGGAAACGGACAAUUUCUAUUCUUACAUUCUCUGCCUAAAAAUGUUCUGCUUCAGACACUCGGACUACACUCGUUUUCAGCAUUUUUUUUUCUUUGCUUUUGCGCAUUUCUCUGUUGGGAGGGUGGAUGUUGUAUGCAUAGCUAGGUUGGGGUAUUACUGGACUCUGCUGGUUGGCAUAAUUCG